UGGUUUAAUACUGAGAUUGGUUGAAUAAGAAAUGGUCAACUAAAGUUAUUCUAGUCAAUUAGAAAAUAAUUUUCAUAAAAAUAAGUUUUAAGACAAUAUUUUAAUUAAUUGCAGUUGGAAUACUUUCAUGUCCUAACAGAAGGAGAACAUAUUCAUUUAUAUUUGUUGUGGCUCUUUCUGGAGCUAAUGGAAUUUCCUGUUCUUAUUACUACCCAAGUAAUCAAAUAUUGACCUUUUAAUGACUACUGCAGUCAUUCACCAGCUUUUCAUUUAUGAACUUUCCUCAGUGUGAUCCUCGGCAGCAGUACAUUUUGAUGGUUUCUUAUGAUCUUUUUUACUUUGUUUUGUGGAUGGUUUUUGCAUGAUAGUUGUGUGUAAUAAAUGUGUUGGUCCUUUUGGAGUAGGGACACUUAUGACUGAGGCCCUGUCACACAAAGCCAAAGAGCUGGUUACAAAUAAAUGGAUCUGUAUAAAUGCCAUCUCAGUUCAUUCUUACUGUGGGCCUGCUCUCAGUUUGUUCUUUUUCGAGUGUCAGAGGAGGUGGGAGCAUCAUAACACUACGAGUCUGAGGUAUGUGUGUAUGUGCUAGUUCAUUUAUACGCUUUCAUGAACAGUGAGGGGUGUAGUAUGUUUGAGAAGAGUACAGGUCAAAUGUGGAAAAGGAGUCAACAAAAGCUGUUGAGAUUGGCAGAUGAAGAAGGAAGCAGUCUUUCAGCAUGUGCUGAUGUGUUGAGAUCCUCCUUAAAUAUACUUAUUAAUUUCUCAAGUUUUGAAAGCUGCACAUGGUUUUUAGUAUAUGGCACCUUGGUUCAGAGGAAUGUGUGCUCCCAGCUAUGUUCAGUUAGGUUCAGUUCAGUUGUUACCUUUGCUUUCCCUGUUUUUCUCCAGAUCACUUAUAUAUAUUAAUGAAAUACUUGGUUUCUUGUUACAGUAUAUCUGUAACUCCAGUCUGUUCAGGACAGGAAAGCUGCAUGGCAUAUUUGUCAGUCACUCUGUUGUGUAUUCCUGGACAUGGAUUAGUGUUGACUUACAAAUGUCCGUUUUUAUACUUUGCUUUAAGGGGUUACCUGAACAUUCAGCCUCCCCACCUUUGCCAGCCAAACACCUGACACAACUCUGCAAACUUAGCAAGCUGCUUGAGCCAUUAAAUGAGUUUAUUUUGGUUUCUGUACAUCCUGGUACAUGCCAGUAUGGUGAUGGGAAGAAAAACAGGUUGUGAAUGUGUCAGAUUUUAUCAGUGUAGACUUUAGACUUUCUGUUAAAUGUCCACAAGUGAUAAGAGAAAGGAGGAGAAAAAAAAAAAAAAGAAGAGAUAGAAAAGGAACUGCCAUUUGGAAGUCAAAACCAAGCUUAGAACUCUUCCACGAAGGAAUUAGAGGUAGGAUUGACAAUGGUAAUAGUUCAGCCUAUACAAUUUUAUAACCUUUCUGCUGUCGUUCUCUUUUGUGUUUGUUUUUUUUUUUUUUUUUCUUUUAUAGCCUUAACCUCUGUGAGCUAAAUUUCUUUUAGUGUCUUUAGUUUGUCAGUAACAGAUGAGAAUUUUCAUUUUAAAUAGAAGCAGGGCCGUGCUCCCAGGAGAUGCAUGCUCUGCAGUGAUGCAAGUGUUGCAACGGUGAGGUUUGAUUGCCAGAGGGCUAGAACUGAAAAGCAUAACCUGUGAAAUAGAAGAUGAGCUUUUAAGUUGGUCAUUGAGGACCAGUCAACAAAAUUUGCAUUGAAAAAUUAGGUGUAUGUUAAGGACAGGAAAAAUUUAAACUUAUCCUUCCUUUAAGGGAAGCAGUGUCUUCAUUUCACGUCUUUGGCAGCCUGUUUUUUUUAUUUUUAUUUUUUAUAAGUGGUUGACAAUAAGACGACUCUGCAAGAAGUCUGGUACCUUCUAACAUUGACAUGCAUAUAUCUGUACUUAAAACCAGAAUACAUGUUUGACUCUAAAAGAUCCAUAAAUCCCUGAAAGAAUGAGUUAAUGGGAAGAGAUUUGUUUCCCCCAAAAUGUACAUGCAUCUUAUAUUGACUAGUCUGAAAAUGUAACAAGAAGCGAGUAGAUAACAGCAUACAGUGGAUAAAAAUGUUCCUACCCAUACCAGUUUUGUUUUUCAUGUUCACAUUUGGUGACCCUUUUUGUGAAUUCUUUCCUCUUAAAUUUAUGUUAUUUUGUGUAUAUAAUGCAUUAUUAAAGACAAAAAGGACUUUCCUAAUGGAUUGAAUUCUUUUUUUUUCCCUAAGUUCCAUGUCUGCUAAAGCAAGUAAAGCCAGUUCUGACAGUUAUUCUUAAGAGCAUUUCCCUCAUCGUUUUAAAUAUGCAUUAAAAAUGGGGCAAAACCUGCUAUAUGUAGUCAUUGUAGAAAAGGAUGUGUAGCACAUUGCUAGUAGUACACUGUGUACAUCAAAAGCAAGAAUCAAAUCAAGAUAAGUUUCCUUUAAUUGCCAGCACAAGUUGAGUUAUUGUUCCUUCUCUACCUGAUCACUUAGCUAAAGCUCUUCUAUAGUUGCAGAUCGUUGCCUAGGGAUGUCUUUUUGUCUUUUUGUACCUGUGGGGGGGGAAAAAAAAAAGUUUCUCAUUUUAUUUUAAAUGAUCUAAUAUAAUUUCUUCAUUAUAUUGAUAUUUUUAAUAACCAACUGUAUUUCUGAAUGCAUCUGGGUCAGUAUUUCCUACUUUGUAAAGCAUUGCCAUGUAAGCUGUAGGGCAUUUAUCAUUUACUUAAUUUACUAUCCCAUGAAGUUCACUGUUCUCUGAAAUGCUGUAGAUACCCAAAGCCUGGAAAUCCACACUUUUAUCCAGAGUUUGAGUUUGUAAACUUUUAAAUUGUGCCUGCUAGCCAAAGAGGUUGCAUUUAUUUUUAUAAAUACGUUUUAGUACUUGAAUUUAACUGUGGUAACACAAAGAUAAAUGUUGUAUAAGAAAACAGGUGCCAUUUGGAUCCGCCCUAUUCCUCUCUGACUCUUCAAGAGGAAAAGACUGACAGUGGCAAAGCAGAAAAGCAGAAGCCGACAGCUGUGAACAUUUCCAUUCAUAUUUAGUUGUCUGAGUUCAGUUGUGCCUUCGAACAAACAAGAAAAGAAUAGCUGCAUAUGAACUGUAUUACACUGAGCUGGGAGAACUUCCACCCAGAUCUCCUUUGGAGCCAGUGUGUGAAGAUGGCCCCUUUGGUCCGGUGAAGGAAGAAAGAAAACGGACAUCCCGUGAGCUUCGUGAAUUGUGGAAGAAAGCCAUUAUUCAGCAAAUACUGCUCCUCAGAAUGGAGAAAGAAAACCAGAAGUUACAAGCCUCAGAAAAUAAUUUGCAGAACAGACGUCUGAAGCUUGACUAUGAAGAAAUCACACCAUGCUUGAAAGAAGUAACUCUGAUUUGGGAGAAAAUGUUGAGUACGCCUGGAAGGUCAAAGAUUAAAUUUGAUGUGGAAAAAAUCCACUCUGCUGUUGGGCAAGGAGUACCACGUCACCACCGUGGGGAGAUCUGGAAGUUUCUAGCAGAGCAAUAUCAUCUUAAACAUCAGUUUCCAAAUAAACAACAACCAAAGGACACACCUUAUAAAGAACUCCUUAAACAACUGACUUCCCAACAACAUGCAAUACUUAUCGACCUAGGACGCACAUUUCCAACACAUCCGUACUUCUCAGCACAGCUGGGAGCUGGACAGCUGUCACUCUACAAUAUUUUGAAAGCCUAUUCCCUUCUAGACCAGGAAGUAGGAUAUUGCCAGGGACUUAGUUUUGUAGCAGGAGUUCUACUACUUCAUAUGAGUGAAGAAGAUGCUUUUAAAAUGCUGAAGUUUCUCAUGUUCGAUGUGGGGCUAAGAAAACAGUAUCGUCCUGACAUGACAAUUCUACAGAUCCAGAUGUACCAACUAUCCCGACUUCUUCAUGACUACCAUCGAGACCUCUAUAACCACCUUGAGGAACAUGAGAUUGGCCCCAGCCUCUAUGCUGCUCCCUGGUUCCUCACCAUGUUUGCCUCACAGUUUCCCCUUGGAUUUGUCGCAAGAGUAUUUGAUAUGCUGUUCCUUCAGGGAUCAGAGGCUAUAUUUAAAGUGGCCUUAAGCCUUUUGGGAAGCCACAAGCCCUUGAUUCUGCAGCAUGAGAACCUAGAAACUAUUGUUGAUUUUAUUAAAAACACUCUCCCCAACUUGGGUUUGGUACAGAUGGAAAAGACGAUUAGUCAGGUGUUUGAAAUGGAUAUUGCCAAGCAGCUGCAAGCUUAUGAAGUUGAAUACCAUGUGCUUCAGGAUGAGCUUAUAGAUUCAUCUUUGAAUGACAAUCAGAGACUGGAUAAGUUAGAAAAGGCAAACAGCAGCUUGCGCAAACAGAACUUUGAACUCCUGGAAGAACUGCAGGUGGCUAAUGGAAAAAUCCAAAACCUUGAAGCCACAGUAGAGCUUUUAUUGACUAAUGAAGGCAAAUUGAAGGAGUCAAUUCUCAAUCUUGAGCAGGAACGGACAGCUUUGCAGAAGGCAGUGGAAGAGAUGCAGAAAAAGACUGGUGAUACAAAUGAGAAGCCUCUGCUUACUAGUCAAGAGCACCUGGAUGCUGACUGAUCUGCAGUUGUCACAGAGCUGAGAAGCAGAGCAAAAAACAAAGGGAAGAACUGGGUCUUUUUGUCCAUCCAUGGAGAUAUGACAUCGUCAUCUUCAUUGUACAUGCCUUACUGUAGCAAAGUGAGAUAGAGGCAUUGUGGCUGCCCAAAUCAAAAACAGGUUUCUUGGGGAGGAAUCUUUCUUCUUAGUACAUGGAAGUGCUCUGAACAGCAAGAUGCCACGUCACAAUACACAGGAGAAACCUACUAGUGUGUGCACAGUGUACUGUAAAGAUGUCAAGGAUUCUUCCAUAAGUGCUUCUAAACCCAAGUGCUUUAUGUUUGUUACAUAGUUUUUGUUCAUAAACAGCACGGUAAAUAGCACAUCCUUUAGAAGCUCCUUUGAAAAAACUAUGGCAGUGUAAAACCUUCAAAUUGAUGGUUGCCUUGUUGCAGCUAUGCAGUGGUAACACUUGCAGAGAGUUUUAUGAUUGGACUUGAGAUAUUUUUCACAGUCUAAUUCCCCUGCAGCUUGACUCAGUUCUGUUAAUUUUGCUGUUUACACGUCACAUAACUGUUUCUUGAUGCUUGCAGAUGUCAAUCUAUUGGACUCCAGAGAGCUGGACUUCAUCAUACAUAACUAUGUGUCAUUAGGGGUUGCUGUCUGUUUUUAUAAGUAUCUUGUUUUAAUAUAUUUCUGUUUAACAUCCAUUAGUGUGUUGUUAGUUUGCAUUACCUGAUAAACAUACAUACUGUAUAUAGUAACUGCGUUGUGCUUGACAAAAUACACUGACGUUGGUUUCAUGAAGCCUGUAACUCUCGCAGUAUCACCCAAGGAUUUAUAUUUGGACUCUUAAGUUUCGUUUUAUUUAUUUCUGAUCUGCUGUGUGAUGUAAGACAUCAUUUUGUAGGGAAACUAACGCCCUGCUCUAUUUUUCCUUUCUUUGGUACUCUGCCCAUCAGUCCUCUGGGAAAUGUUUUUCUUUAAGACUUUUUCGUAAGCGUUGGAGGCAUUUUGAGAGCUUCAUGUUGUGCCAGAGAUGCUUAAACUGCUUUGUAAAGGUUAUGACUGUUUGAAUUAUGGCACCAUUCUUUAUACAGUGCCUCUUUUGAGUAAGAUUACACAUUUAAAAAAAUCAGUUUCUCAGUACAAUGAAAGUAGUUUUCAGGCCAGUUGAAGCACCACUGCUGCAAGUGCAAUAAUUUUCAUGGCAGUCCAUUCAGUUGUAUGGGUUUGCUUCUGAGUUAGAGAAUAGUACUGUAGGUUUGUUUAAUCCCAAGGACAGAGGUAAUACGCAUCAGCAUGUUGUCAUGGUGGAGAAUCACCCAGAGAUGUGAUUUUUGUUUUACUUAAAUUGUUUUUAUUCUUAUUUUUAAAAUUUCAAAGCACGUAGUUGUUUGGUUGUUUGUUUGUUUUUCUGGCUGGAAAUGUAGGAAAGGUUUUGUUUUUCUGUUUUCUUCAUGCACGACCCUUUGACACAUCAUGGCUGUAGUUGAACAUUCAUCUGUUGUGCAGAACAAAUACCUCUGUAUAGGUCAAGAAGAAAAAGAGAAUUUUCUAUUCAAUUUCUGAACGCGUUGUUUCACUCUGUCAUGUCUUGAAUAUGGCUCGUUCUUGCAAAUCCACUCUGUAUUCAUUUAGUAUUGAAAUUCCAGAUAAAUUAAUUAUUAUUAAUCCACUUACCUCAAAGGCUUGCUUUUUAUUUGGAAAUCCAUACUGGGAUUCAUGCUUCAUGUUCAAAACCAUGUUAUCAUGGACCUCAUACUGUUAGAGCACUCCGUAACAUUGCAUUUUUACACCACAGUGCCAUAAUUCAUACACUGAUGUUUUAAUGAGCAAUAAAAGUAAUAAUAAUGUAUGCCUACA